AUGGCAGAAGAAGAGGCUGCAGAAGAACAACCACAGGAAGAACCAACAGAGGAAGCACCACCGCCCGUUGAAGAAGUUCCACCUCCCAAAGUCGGUCAAGAUCCAAUGAAUACGGAAUUUCUGUAUUACAGCGCAGCUUUGAGAGUUCUAGGACCAACAUUAACCCACGAAAAAGAUAGAAAAUUGAUUAUACCGUGGGUGAAGAAAUUAUUUAGACCAGAAUAUCAUAGCUCUAAAUUGAAAGAAAAAAGAAACAGAUAUCUAGCUUAUUUGUGUUGUUCUCUACUUCUGGAUCAGGCUAUCGGUCCAUUUGGCUCGAUUCCUCCGGAGGGUGCUUUAUUAAACUGCAACCAACUCGAAGAAUUGAAAGUAGCCCAAGCCGAAUGGGAGACAGAUAACAUGUGGCAAGAUUCGUUAUCGGGAUUACCGGAUGAUUUUCAAAUGCUGGAAUGCAGUGUACAUGCUACUCCUCAAGAAUGUAAAGAUGAUCAUGCAUUGGAUAAGAUAUUAGAUCAGGAGUUUCAGUUUUAUUUGUAUAUAUCUCGACCUUACGCUUAUUUGAUAAGAAAUGGAAGCGAUCGCACUCGAGUAGCUGCUUGGUUACAAAUGUUAUGUUCAAUACAUGGAAACGACUGCUGUUCCAGCAUGAAAGCUAUCAGAAAUGACUACAUGAUGGCUUUUCUGGGUUAUCUACAAGACUUGAGAUCAGUAGGACCAUUCGCUGAUUUGCCCAGCUGGAAAACUCUACCGCCUUUAGCUGAAGCAGCGAAAGCCGCAGCAGAAAAUAAACCCAUAACUGAUCCUACCGGUGCUGAAGCUAAUGAGUUUCUGAUGAACCAGCCAGUUCCUGAAGAUGGCGCGUUUUGUUAUAUUGCCCUGACAGGAGAUUUGGUAACUAGUAAUUUAUUACCCGGUUAA